AUGUCCGACAGCCCUCGUCCACGCUCGCGCUUCGACAAGACCGAGUCCGACCGACCGCCACGUUCGCGCUUCGAUCGCCGCUCGCGGUCGCCCUCGAGCAGGGAGCCGGACUCGCGUCGCACGCGCAGCCCUGUUGCGCGCGAAGGCACAGACAGCCCCGCAGCCGCUGAGGCCAGAAAGGCGAAGGCGGAGGAUGCUGCAGCGAAGGCGGCGGCCGCGGCUGCCAGGAUCAACGCGCAGAUUCAAGCGAAGAAGGGCAUUCAGCAUGUCGACGUGCCCCCGAUUCGCGCUGCGCCUAGUCCUCCGGUCGUCAGGUCGCCGGCUGUCAAUGCGGAAAAGAACAACUCCGGCGAAAUCUUCCAGCAAGAUGGGGACUAUAUCAAGGACAUAGAAAUCAAUGACCUGAAGAAUCGAUACACACUGACCAAAGGAGCUGUGCAGAAAAGGAUCAAAGACGAGACAGGCGCCGAUGUCACAACACGAGGCGAAUACUACCCCGACAAAGCCAUGGCUACAGCUGCUAACCCCCCAUUGUACCUGCGCGUUACCAGCACCUCCAAAGAAGGUCUUGAAGCGGCCGCACAGCAGAUUCAAGAUCUGAUGAACCAGGAAUUGCCCGACUUGGUUGAUCAACGUAGAUUCCGUCGCCGUGAGCCAGAGCAGUUCGAGCGCGACGAAUUCGGGAGGCGUAAAUGGCCCGAAGAGAAGCUUCCUGUCGACCUAGAGCCUAUCAGCGGCUUCAACCUACGCGCGCAAGUGGUUGGUCGCGGCGGCGACAAUGUCAAGUACAUCCAGCAAGAAACAGGCUGUAAAGUUCAGAUCAAAGGCCGUGGAUCAGGUUUCAUGGAGCAGCAGACUGGCGCCGAGAGUGAUGAACCCAUGUUCCUUCAUAUCGCCGGACCGAAACCCGAGGGCGUUGAAAAGGCCAAAGAGCUGUGCGAGGAGCUUCUCAACAAAGUGAGGGGAGACUACCAAUCUUUCAAGGAGAACGCAUCGCAAGGCAGGUUCGGCGGUGGAGGCGACCGUUAUGGAGGAGGACGCCCCGGCUAUGGAGACCGUGGUGAUCGCGAUCGCAGUCAGAGCUAUGGGCAUGGUGGUGGCUACGGCGGUUAUGGUGGGCACAAUGGCCACUCCGACCUGCAGUCUCCCGUCGGAGGAGGCAGUGUGACCAACCAAGCUGCUCAAGAUUACAACGCACAAUGGGCUGCAUACUAUGCGCAACAGGGUCAACAUGGUCAGGCUGGACAGCAAGCCGAGGACCCAUAUGCAGCCUACGGUGGUUACGAGGCGUACAUGCAGAUGUACUACGCGUACUAUCAACAGCAGCAAGCUCAAGCAGGAACUCAGCAGUCGCCUCCUCCAGGUACUGCAGCCGCACCUCCGCCUCCUCCUGGAGAGCCUGCUCCUCCCGGUGCUGCUCCACCGCCUCCGCCUCCAUCUGGCUCGCCUCCUGCAGGUUAUGGCGCGGUUCCACCACCUCCUGGUUUACAGACAUUCGCCGUCCUCCGCCUCCAUCGCGUUGUGCCAGAGCUUUCUGAAACGAUGCGGGCGCAAGCAAUGCGGGCAGGACAGGCUGCCAAUUGCAGAUCACUGCUACACGCUUCUCUCCGAACCUCCCACCUAUCUUCGCGAAGAUGUCUCGCGACCUCCCACAACGUUUCGCCGUCCCAGAAAUCCGACAUCGUGUCCCGCACGCCGCCAUACCAGAAGCUGCUCGCUCGCCUGGAAGAAGUUCGUCGCGUGCUCGGUUCUACGAGGCAAUUGACCCUCGCUGAGAAGAUCUUGUACUCGCAUCUUGCGAACCCUGAAGAAUCGCUACUCACCAAUACCUACCAUGGCAAGGAUGUGAGGGGCAAGGCAAAUCUCAAGCUCAAGCCUGACCGGGUGGCUAUGCAGGACGCCUCAGCGCAAAUGGCACUGCUGCAGUUCAUGUCUUGUGGCCUACCCAGUACUGCAGUCCCAGCCAGCAUUCACUGCGAUCAUAUGAUUGUCGGUGAGAAGGGCGCGGAUACCGACUUGCCCAACUCAAUCGCAGGAAACAAGGAGGUGUUCGAUUUCUUGGAAAGUGCCGCGAAGAAGUACGGCAUUGAAUUCUGGCCGCCUGGUGCGGGUAUUAUUCACCAGUCUGUAUUGGAGAACUAUUCGGCUCCUGGUUUGAUGAUGCUCGGCACCGACAGUCACACACCUAACGCGGGGGGUCUCGGGGCCAUUGCAAUUGGUGUCGGUGGUGCGGAUGCGGUGGACGCUCUUGUCGAUGCACCGUGGGAGUUAAAAGCGCCUAAGAUUUUGGGUGUCAGGCUGGAGGGCGAACUGAGCGGAUGGGCUUCGCCAAAGGAUGUGAUUCUGAACCUUGCAGGCCAGCUCACAGUCAGGGGCGGAACUGGAUUCAUCAUCGAAUAUUUCGGCCCUGGCGUUGAAUCACUCAGCUGCACUGGCAUGGCUACAAUAUGUAACAUGGGUGCUGAAGUUGGCGCUACGACGUCUCUGUUUCCCUUCUCUCCAGCCCACGUACCGUACCUGGAGGCUACUCACCGCAAGACUAUUGCUGAGGAAGCAUCGAGGAUUGCGAACUCGCCCAUGCAACGAAAUCUCUUGCGCGCUGAUUCCGAAGCCGAAUACGACAAGGUCAUCACUAUCAAUCUCUCCACUCUCGAACCCCACAUUAACGGACCUUUCACGCCAGAUCUCUCGACGCCACUGUCCAAGUUCAAGUCAGUAGUCGAAGAGAAGGACUGGCCUAGAACAUUUGGCGCUGGUCUGAUCGGCAGUUGCACAAACAGCUCCUAUCAAGACAUGACACGUUCUGAGGAAAUCGUCAAGCAAGCAGAAGCUGCUGGUCUGAAGCCCAAAGCGGACUUCUUCAUCACUCCUGGAAGCGAACAGAUCAGGGCUACUCUGGAUCGUGACAACACGCUCUCGACCUUUACUUCUGCUGGUGGCACUGUUCUCGCAAACGCGUGCGGCCCGUGCAUAGGCCAAUGGUCUCGCACAGACGGUAUACCCAAGGGCGAAACCAAUGCCAUCUUCACUUCGUACAACCGGAAUUUUCCUGGUCGCAAUGAUGGCAACCGAGGUACCAUGAACUUCCUUGCUUCUCCUGAACUCAUCACAGCAAUGUCUUACUCCGGAUCUACGACUUUCAAUCCUAUGACCGACAGUAUUUCCACACCAUCCGGCGAGGCUUUCAAGUUCUCACCACCCAAGGGCUUCGACCUUCCUUCAGCGGGCUUUGCAGACGGUAACCCUGAGUUCUUUGCCACACCGGGUGUUCCCGACCCAAGCGUCGAAGUCAUCGUCGACCCUAAUUCUAGCCGUCUGGAACUUCUCAAACCCUUCCCUGAAUUCCCCAAGUCCGAGCUUGAAGCUCUCCGUGUCCUUUAUAAAGUCAAGGGCCAGUGCACAACGGACACCAUUUCUGCUGCAGGCCCGUGGCUCAAAUACAAGGGCCACCUUACUAACAUCUCAGAGAACACGCUCAUCGGCGCCAUCAACGCGGAGACUGACGAAGUCAACGUCGCAUACGAUACGGAUGGUAGCAAGUACGGUAUCCCGGAGCUUGCGAAGAAGUGGAAGGAGAAUGGGCAAGAGUGGCUUGUCGUUGCGGAGCACAAUUAUGGCGAAGGCUCUGCACGUGAACACGCUGCGCUGCAGCCGCGAUUCCUCGGCGGCCGCAUCAUCCUUUCCAAGUCAUUUGCACGUAUCCACGAAACGAAUUUGAAGAAGCAGGGUGUUGUUCCACUGACAUUUGCAAACGAGGCGGACUACGACCUCUUCGAUGCGUGCGAUGAGGUUGCCACGAGGGGGUUGUUGGACGUACUGAGGAGUGGAGGCAAGGGCGAGGUCGAAUUGGUCAUCAAGAAGAAGGAUGGAAGUGAAAAGAUCAUCAAGACCAAGCACACAUUGAGCGAGGAUCAGUGCGGGUUCGUACUGGCAGGAAGCGCAUUGAAUCUAUUGGCCAGGAAUGCGGCCGAGCAGAGAGAGGAGGUUACGAGGGCGAACGAGUUGUCUGACUAG